AUGUCGACCAACCGUUAUCUUGACUACCAGAAGGAACACAUGGCUUCCCGCGACUUCAAUCACCUGGAUCUCCCUCCCAAACUCACUCUCACCGACCUACCUACACAAAUCCUCGCAACCAUCCUUAGUCACGCCCUCCCAGAACGUCGCGAGGGCUUUCUGCCCAGCAUUCUGAACACCGCAAACAUGUUCAAGAAGACAUCUACCNGCCCCGCCCCUAAGUUCCUCACGGUCAACAAGAGACUGCUUCGCAUUGGCAAGCAAGUCUGGUUGCAGACUGACUUCACUCAUGUCUACAUCAACUCUUGGGCACCUCUGCACAAGGGGCUUGUUGCUUCUGCAAGCACAAUGUCCUUCGUCGUUCUAACCCUCGACAUCCGCCGUGGCGAGCGUACUCUGAGUCAGAAGCUCGUUCCCUCAGCCAUGGGCGCAAAGCUGCGUGAGCUCCUGCAGAACAUGAAGAAUCUGGAGGUGCUGUUGGUCAGAGUUUGGCACGGCAUUGGCAGCCUGGCCCCUGUGUCAGAGAUCAUCAUGAACAACUUCGCGGGCGUCAGAGUUGCGCAGGCAGUCAAUAUUGCCAGCAUCGUUUCGACUGAAAAGGGAUUUGACCAGGACAGAGGAUGCCCAGGCCUGCUGUCUGAAGUCUACAUCAAGAAUUUCAUGUCGCACCUUCUCCACAUGCCCCUCAACGACAUCCCGGAGCCAGUCACCGUCUAUCUGGAUGAAUCUGAGCCUGCGCUCAGAAUCCCCAUCUGGCGUGCUUGCGCUGCAACUCGCACAACCGACGAAGGUGCUUGGAUGCCCGCCGCCAUGGGCCACGUCGAGUCUGAGGCCGACAAGGAGAAGGAAGCUCGCUCUGCUGAGGAAGACGAAGCCUUGACUCAGCUUUUCAAGGCGAGUAUGAAGGAGGUUCCAUGGGUGAAGGUCGCCAUGCGCGCUGGCAAGAGAAAGGAGAAGGCUGAGAAGAAGAAGGCUGCUGUUGAGGAGACUGGCAAGGAG